AUUCUUUUCGGUUGGCUCGGUUUGUUUUAGCUCAAAAGUUUUGCUUCGACAAAAUGAAUACUCUCCUGAGAAUGGCACCGGUGCUCUCGUCAGCCAGGACAUCUCUUGCCCCCAGAGUCAUGACUAACUUCAGAAACUUGAACAGCUUGAAAAACUUGAAAAACUUCUCCACAAGAUCUUCUUUAUCCUCAUGGAAGUCUUCGCCAUCAUUGACGUCUCUCAAGUCAUCAAGAUUUCCUAGAAAAUCGCUCAACUCCGUUAGAAAUGUUUCUUCUACGACUGUUUCACUUCUUCAGUCUCAGGAACAGAUGGCCAACUCUGACUUGAACAAUACUACGGCACAAGCUGAGUUCUACCGUCUGCUCCUUGCGCAUAACUAUCCACACAUUGUCAUCCAGAGAUACGAGACUCCUGGAAUCGCGGCUUCUCCGGAGUGUACUGCUAUCUACAUUGAAGCCUUAAACAAGAUUGGAAAGAAAGGUAAAGCAGAACAAGUAGCUCGUAGUUUGGCUACCCAGAAUGUUGCAUCUGCGGGAAAUGUUGCUACAGGCUUGCCCCAUGGCUUUGGCUCCCGCUACGAGCCUGUCCACGUCAUUGUCUCUGAAUCUCUCCUCACCAUCCUCUCCAAAUGGAUGAAAUGGUUGAUUCCCGUCGCACUCAUGACUUACGGCGCUACCAAUGCGUUCAACUACUUGGUAGAGAACGGUACCAUCUUCAAGAACUCAGAAGUGAGCGACAAAUCAGUAGACGUCUCGCAGUCUACGGUCCGCUUCUCGGAUGUCCAGGGCUGUGAUGAGGCUCGUGCCGAGUUGGAGGAAAUCGUAGACUUCUUGAAGGAUCCCUCAAAGUUUACUGGAUUGGGUGGAAAAUUGCCAAAGGGUGUCCUUUUGACAGGCCCUCCAGGUACUGGUAAGACUCUUUUGGCUCGUGCAACUGCAGGAGAAGCUGGAGUUCCGUUUUUCUUCAUGUCGGGCUCAGAGUUUGACGAGUUGUAUGUAGGUGUAGGAGCAAAGAGAAUCAGAGAAUUGUUCUCUCAGGCUCGAGAAAAGUCGCCAGCCAUCAUCUUCAUAGAUGAGUUGGACGCCAUCGGCGGAAAGCGUAAUCCUAAGGACCAGGCCUAUGCCAAGCAGACCUUGAACCAGUUGUUGGUGGAGUUGGACGGUUUCUCACAAACUCUGGGAAUCAUUAUCAUCGGCGCUACCAAUUUUCCUGAAUCUUUGGACAAAGCUUUGACAAGACCAGGUCGUUUUGACAAGGAAGUCAUUGUAGAUUUGCCCGAUGUGAGAGGUCGUAUCGAUAUUUUGAAGCACCACAUGCAAAACGUAGAAACUGCUGAAGACGUAGAUCCUUCUAUUAUUGCUCGUGGUACUCCAGGAUUGAGUGGUGCUGAGUUGAUGAACUUGGUCAACCAGGCCGCUGUUCACGCAUCGCAAUUGUCGGCUCCUGCAGUUGAUAUGAACCAUUUCGAAUGGGCCAAAGACAAGAUCUUGAUGGGUGCAGCCAAGAAAAAGAUGGUUAUCACCGAAGAAUCGAGAAUCAACACAGCCUACCAUGAAGCUGGACAUGCCAUUAUGGCCAUGUAUUCAAAGGGUGCAACUCCGUUAUACAAAGCUACAAUCUUGCCUCGUGGUCGUGCCUUGGGUAUCACCUUCCAAUUGCCAGAAAUGGAUAAGGUCGACAUGAGCAAGAAGGAGUGUUUUGCCCGCUUGGAUGUUUGUAUGGGAGGAAAAAUUGCUGAAGAAAUGAUCAAUGGUAAAGAAAAUGUUACCAGUGGUUGUUCCAGCGAUUUGGCAAAUGCAACGUCCGUCGCACGAGCUAUGGUUACUUCCUAUGGUAUGAGUGACGUCAUAGGUCCCGUAAAGUUGAGCGACAACUGGGAACUGUGGUCGUCUCAAAUUCGUAAUUUGGCUGAUAACGAAGUCCGCGACUUCUUGGUGACGUCUGAAAACAGAACCAGAAAGUUGUUGAGCGACAAACGUGUAGAGUUGAAGAGAUUGGCUGAAGGGUUGCUUGAGUACGAGACUUUGACUAGAGAAGAAAUGGAAAAAAUCGUCAAGGGCGAGAUCAUCAACAAGGAAAAGAGUAUAAGCAAUACCGUGAUAAAAUCGCCGAAAAGCUCAGAAACCAGAGAUGUCAUCAACGACCCUAUACCCGUCGAAGCGUAAGCUCGGCAAACACACUUGAACGAAAAUGAAAAUGAUAGAAACGAAUUAUUACGAUUGAAAUUAUUAUUAGUACCUGAUAUUAAGAUAAUUGAUAUUGAAAUAUUUCAUUGCUGGUUAAUAGCACAUGCAAGAGUCAAUUCCUAGGGGGCGUUCCUAUAAGUCUUGUACUUAUGUUUUAUCGUGAUUAUAUAAUCAGGGGUAUGGAACUAUCUACCAGUUGGUUCUACGAUGGUUUAUGAUUGCGAAAUAAUUGACAAUUCAGUCGUUGGUUGUAACUGGGUGAUUUUUCAGUUGACGGUUACCACCUUUUUUGUAUAUAAGGCUAGCUCUGCUAGUAAAGGAACACCUGCAACGCGAUAUAAUACAUAGCAAAGUAAUACAGAGAGAUCUGAAG